CCGCGACAAAGCGUGCUCGACACUCGACACUCGACCAUACACGAACUCGCUCGACAUUCUUCCAGACAAAACCAUAGGAUAAACGACGCAUGACGCGUGGUUCAUGAAGGAAUAACCACACUACACGCGAUGCGACAAUCAUCGAAACAAAAUCCCAUCUGAGUCCGACCCCGGAGUAACGAGCCCCAAGACGGCGACCGACGAUGGAUCUCUCUGUCCAAAAGGCCCUGGCCGACAAGCUCUACGACCGCCGCAAAGCUGGUGCGCUGGAGCUGGAAGCCAUCAUACGAACCUCUCUGGCUGCCAACGAUCACGUCCGCAUCGAAAAGGUCGUUCACCAACUCUGUCACGACUACGCAUACGCCGUACACCAACCGCAUGCCCGCAAUGGUGGUCUCAUUGGUCUGGCCGCUGCUGCCAUCGCUCUGGGUAUCGAUGUUGCCCGCUACCUUCGCGACAUAGUGCCGCCUGUACUGGCUUGUUUCUCCGACCAGGAUGCAAGAGUCCGCUAUUAUGCCUGCGAGAGCAUGUACAACAUCGCAAAGGUCGCAAAGGGCGAGAUCCUGAUCUACUUCAACGACGUCUUUGACGCUCUCUGCAAACUGGCUGCCGAUACCGAACUGUCGGUCAAGAACGGUGCCGAGCUGCUCGACCGUCUGGUCAAGGACAUUGUCGCAGAGUCGGCCGCUUCCUACGUCUCCAUCUUGGACAACGACGCCGACCCCAACAACGACGAUCCCUUUGCCGAACAAGCCACCGCUUUCUCUCUUGCAAGGUUUAUCCCACUGCUCCGCGAACGCAUCUUUGUCAUCAAUCCCUUUACUCGUACCUUCCUUGUCAGCUGGAUCACCCUUCUAGACUCAAUACCCGACUUGGAGCUGGUCGUCUUCUUGCCAGACUUCCUUGGUGGCCUGCUACGCUUCCUCUCCGACCCGAAUGUGGACGUUCACACUACAACGAAAGUCUGUCUGGACCGUUUCCUGGUAGAGAUCAAGAAGAUAUCUGCAAUCAAGAGGGGCAUCGCCGAAAGCAAGAGAAGUCUCAUUGCCGAAAGUCAGCCGAGGAACUCAAUUUCUAGCAGAGAUGGACUAGCUGUUGCAGAUCAAGACGUAGAUGCACAAGCCGACAACUCCAACACGAACCAUGACGACGACAAGGCAAGCUCCGAUUCGGCUUCAUUCGUCAGCUCAAACGUGGAUGAGAAGAAUGACAAUGACGCUGGCGACGAGUGGAUCCCAGGACAAGAUGUGCAGAUCGAUUAUGCAAAGAUCCUUGAUAUCCUCAUCCAAUUCCUCAACGACACGGCUGAAGAGGAGAUACAGCUGACCACUCUUCGCUGGAUCGAAGGUUUCUUUGACCUGUGCGCAGAAGACAUGCUACCCUUUGUUCCUCGUCUACUUUCACAAGUCUUGCCAGCCCUAUCGCAUGGUGUACCUACUGUCCGCGCAGCUGCCAACAGAGUCAACACUGCCCUCAUGGGUCAUAUUAUGUCAUUGCCUGAAGAUGGCCAACAACAGCAAGCACAACCAAAGACACCAAUAGAACCCACAAGAAGAGACUCAAUACCCAUCCGCCAACGAAAGGCAAACAGUCCAGACAUGGUGGCCGAGUCUGCCACUGCGGAAUUCCAUGCCACAACCAUUCCUCCGACCCCACAACCUUCACCGCCAGUCUCGACCGAGCUAGAUUAUGAAGCUGCCGUCAAUUCUCUGACGCUACAAUUCCUCAACGAGCAUGAGGCGACUCGAGUAGCUGCUCUAGCCUGGCUAAUUAUGCUUCAUCGCAAGUCACCUCGUAAGACUUUGGCCAUUCACGAUGGAACUUUCCCCGCUCUGCUCAAAACCUUGUCAGAUCCUGCAGAUGCUGUAGUCACUCGUGAUCUGACAUUGCUCUCGCAAAUAUCCAAAAACAGCGACGAUUCUUACUUCACCUCCUUCAUGGUCAAUCUCCUGAAACUCUUCUGCACAGACAGAAAGUUGCUUGAGAAUAGAGGAAACCUCAUCAUCCGCCAACUGUGUUUGAACCUCAGUGCCGAGCGCAUCUACCGCACGCUAGCAGACUGUCUUGAAAAAGACGAGGAUGUCGAGUUUGCGAGUAUCAUGGUUCAGAAUCUUAACAACAAUCUCAUCACGGCACCUGAAUUGGCCGAUCUCAGGAAACGUCUACGCAACCUCGAAAACAGAGAUGGUCAGACUUUCUUCGUCACCUUGUUCAGAGCGUGGUGUCAUAAUGCCGUGGCUACCUUCUCGUUGUGUCUGCUUGCUCAAGCAUAUGAACAAGCCUACAACCUACUGCAAAUCAUUGCAGAACUGGAAAUGACUGUCAACAUGCUGAUUCAGAUUGAUAAACUGGUCCAGUUGCUCGAGUCUCCUGUCUUUACCUACCUCCGCCUUCAACUGCUUGAGCCAGAGCGUUUCCCUCAUCUUUACAAGUGUCUUUAUGGUCUUUUGAUGCUUCUGCCACAGUCUUCGGCUUUUGCAGCUCUCAAGAAUCGACUGAAUAGUGUCAGUGCGAUUGGCUAUCUGCACAUUGCCCCAAGAACGGCACCAACUACACCAUCAGUCUCAACCUUUGACCGGCCCAACCGUCUCAAAUCCCGCGAAGACCCUGGUAUAAAAUGGUCAGAUCUCCUCGAGAAGUUCAAAUUCGUGCAGGAAAAAGCACGACGAGCGCAACAACGACCAUUGCGACUAACCUCUCUUCCCAACGGCCUUACACUCCCUGACAUGGAUGACGAACUCGAAUCCCCCACACUGAAUAAAGAGACUUCGGCGCCGACAAAGGAUAAACCGACGGGGAGGCUCUCAGGAUUGGGGAGACCGGGGUCAGCGGCUAGUAUUACGAGGCCGGCUGCUACACCUACGCAAGGACAGCAGGGGCAUCAGAAGAGUAGGAGUAGUUUGAGUCAGUUGGGGAGGUUUACGAGGAGUACGGCUGCUAAAGCUACGGGCGGGGGAUUGAAGAAGUAGUGAUGAUGAGGAAGAGGAGAAGAAGAAGAAGUGAUGAGCAGAGAAUUAGUUGUAAUGGAAAUUUCGGAAACAGUCCUUUU